ACGUAGUAGUUGAGUACGCACGCAACGUGUCCCUGUUCUUUUGACUGGGAAGCCCCUAGCGCGGAGCUGCCAACGCCCGGCGUAAAGACACAAACAGUGGAAACGAUCUUGAAUGAGUAGCAAGGACUAUAAAUCGCAGCUAUGCAGACCAUCAAGUGUGUUGUAGUUGGUGACGGUGCUGUGGGUAAAACCUGCCUGCUCAUCUCUUACACCACAAACAAAUUCCCAUCUGAAUAUGUACCUACGGUGUUCGAUAACUAUGCUGUAACUGUAAUGAUUGGAGGGGAGCCCUACACCCUGGGAUUGUUUGACACAGCAGGUCAGGAAGACUACGACAGGUUACGGCCUCUGAGUUAUCCACAGACAGAUGUCUUCCUCGUCUGUUUCUCUGUUGUGUCCCCCUCCUCCUUUGAAAACGUCAAAGAAAAGUGGGUUCCAGAGAUCACCCACCACUGUCCAAAGACCCCCUUCCUUCUAGUCGGGACUCAGAUUGACUUGCGGGACGACCCAUCAACUAUAGAAAAGCUGGCCAAGAACAAGCAAAAGCCCAUCACUCCGGAGACGGCAGAGAAGCUGGGGAGAGACCUCAAGGCUGUGAAAUACGUGGAGUGCUCAGCCCUCACACAGAAAGGCCUAAAGAAUGUGUUUGAUGAGGCGAUAUUGGCUGCAUUGGAGCCCCCAGAGCCCAAGAAGAAACGCAAAUGUGUGCUGCUAUGAGAAGCUCCUACCUUUUCAAAGCACGCACACAAACACACAUGCACACAAACACACACACACACAAUACAUCCAUACAUCUUAAAUACACACACUAUUAAACACACAUCCCCACACCCCUUUCCUUUGCUCUGCUAAGGCUGGUUGACAGCAUUGUCCUCCACAGACAAGACUAGACAAAAACAAACCGACCAAGUUUUAGAUAAUUGUCUGCAAUAAUAAGACCCUCAAGUCUGAGUCUGGGGAACAGGAGAACAACAAAACCUGGCUGCUGUGGGCCCCGGGCUGGGCGGCAUCAGCCAUCAGUGAUGUUGAUUAUCGGAGAUCCAGAUAACUAAGCUUACAAUACAAGUAGAAUUCAUUCUGUCGAGCUUUUGAUGGAUUGAUUGUGAUUCAGUCAGUGUUGUGGCCUAAUUAACUUUUUCAACGCCCAGCCGUGUAGUUGUCCUCGGCCAGUGGAAAAUGUUUUUUCUUUUUUUUGGAUACAAGCCCCACCACAAACUGGCUGAGCUGCCUGAUUGGUGGCCGCUCAGGCUGCUGAUCGCCCCAUCCCCACGCUCGUUCUCAGCACUACCAGAAGAAAUGCUAACAAUGUAGUGUUGAUUUGUUUUUGUUUGCCAACCAAACCCCCUUUUUUUCUCCUCAAACACAUGACAAAUCUGAGAUGUUUAUUCCACGUUCCAGAUAGUCACACUCUUUAACCACUAAGGGAGCUGUGGAGUUCUGACCAGGGCCAACUCUAAAUCCAGGGCAAUACGGCUGAAACUAGAGAUCCAACAUUGGGAGAAAAGAAACAGUAAAUAUUGCCAUCUAGUAUCCAACACUUGUAAUUUGGACCGUCACAGUGGAGAGUCGCGGUCCAUUUGGAGUGCGGUCAUCACUUGAGAGCUUAAGGCGUCCAGUAGUUAUGGGUCGGCGAGUCAACCACAGGAAUUGGCCUUUUUAGAUGCAGGGAACUAAACAGUGUUAGCAGAACAAGCAGUGUGUUCUUUCUGCGUUACCAGGGACCAAGGGAGCGUGAAGCAGAAAAGUGAAGCAUUGUCAACACCUUACACUUCGAGCGGGUACAGAAGAGGCAUCUGUGUAAGACUAUUUGUUCUUUGGCAUGCACCGGCAAGCCAUAUCUGAAGAUCCAUAUUUAGGCUUCUGAUCAGUGAACACGACUUACCACCACAGUUCUGUGCCAGGUCAGAAUUUGGUGCUUUCCUGUAGUGCGUUUGAUGCAGGCUGCAUGCGUGCAGCGUGAAGGGCUGUCCGCUCGGCUGUAAACGCUCGAAGUGUACGGCGCUGCAAGGAGCCGAGCCUUGGUCUCUGUUCUAAAUAUGUUUAACAGAUGUAAUUAUAAUGUAAGCUGGAACACAAUGUUGAUGUAGGCUCCAGGUGUUUUUACCAAAACCUUUUUUUUUUCUUCAUUAUUUCUGUUUGUGUUUUUAUUUUUAUUUUAUAUAUAUAUAAAUAUAUAAAAAAAAAAGGUUACUUUCACUCCUUUUGCAUUUAGGGGUCGGAACUCAUCUGAACUCUCUCCUGCCAGUUCAUACCAAGAAAACCCCCGAUUGGUUUAGUUGAAUCAAAAAAAAAAAAAAAAAGAAACCCUCUAAUGGCAGAAUACUGUUUUGUUAAAGAUGACUUGAUUGAUUGGUUUCUGUUUUUCUUAACUGGUGGAUUAGAGUUGGGUUGAUGUCCAGCUCAAGUCAGUAAAAUUAUUAUAACCUGUUGUUGUUUUGGUGCAAAACCAAAUGCUUUGUCUAAAGUCUUUGUUCUUUGUAUAUGCAUUCUUUUCAAAAAUAUUAAACUUAUACCUUAAUUGCCUUUA